UGCUCCUUCUUCUUCUUUGACAGGGGGACAACAAACAACAAAUUACAUGUCGUCGCCUCACUCAAAAGAGGGCAGCACAAGCGACCCAAGUUGUCUAGUUGUUGAUGCCGGGCAGUUCCUUUCUCCACAGUAUCACACGCACAACAUUACGUGAACAUCCCUCCCCGUACAAUCCCGCCAGCUGUCAACCUGAGAAUCUGAACGUACACAUCGAUUGAGAAUUGCAAUCAACACCCUGACUGACACCACACACCGCCUGAACGAGCAUCCAUCAAAGCAUCAAAGCAUCAAAGCAUCAAGCAAACAGGAGAAUCGAGGCGGCUCAAACGACACGCGAACACACGACCCAGCAAGCAAGAAAACAGGAAAACAAGCGAGCAAGGACAAAGACAUAGAAUCAUGUAUGGAUUCAUGCAUCAGGCGCUCAUCCACUGGCUCAAGCAGCUGCCAGAUGGAAAAGAUGUGCUCGAGUCAAUCUUCACCGACCUGGACAUUCAAGGCCCUCUCGAUGAUUUUUUCCGCCACUACUCGGACGCUCAAACCAUGCUCUUCCUCGAUCUGGCAUCCAAGGCCACCGGCCACAAGGUGGAGGAAUGCAUGUUCGAGGCAGGCAAGGUGUCCAUGGGCACCUUUGUGCGCAACGGAUACGAGCCUGUGCUGCGCACCUUGGGAAAGGACUUCUUCACCAUGCUCACCAACCUGGACAGCCUGCACGACAACUUCCUCUCCGCCUUUCCCGAGAUGAAGGUGCCACUGUUGCAGCCGGAGCGCAACCCAGACGACUCCAUGUCCAUCCACUACUACAGCCAGCGCCGCGGCCUUGCACCCUUCAUGAUGGGUGCCCUCAAGAGCGCCGCCAAGAUGCUCUAUGACCUGGACAUUGACAUUCACCACCGCCUCAAGCGCGACAAGGACCACGAUCAUGACGUCUUCCACGUCUUCAUGGACCCAAGUGGAUUCCCGGACGGGCUGUCAGCGUCAACGGAUGACGAGAAGAUGGCCACGGCCCAGCUCGAUGCCACCAUGACCAACCGCCUCUUCCCUUGGCACUUUGCCGUGGACAAGGACAUGAGAAUCAUUUCCCUGGGCAAGCACCUCGCCUCCCGCAUGAAGAAGGACUGCGUUGGCAUGCACGCAGACAAGCUCUUCCGCAUCGCCCGCCCCAUCGACGCCACGUGGGACUUUGAGGACAUGAGGGCGCGCUGCGACAAGCCGUUCCUCUUUGUCACCAACCCGAAGCGCAUGCUGAGCGCGGAGGAGUACAGUGCAAUGCUGACGGAACGCCACCAGCAGCGACAGCUGCACUUGCUGAAGCAGACAAACAGGGCACAUCUCGAAGAAGCAGAGACGGCCAAGGAGGUCCAGCUUCCAAGCAUGGUGGAUGUGUCAAAGCCGCACGUGCGCCUCGUGGUCAAUGAGGCCGCGGAGGAAGAUCGCAACGAGCCGGAUGCAGAUGCCCAGAGCCAAACCGACGAGGAGCGGUCGCUGGUCUGCCCCAUGUCGCGUCGCUUCGAUGCGCUGUCGGCGCCAUCCCUCGCCAACACCUCCGGCAGUACGUCGCGCCGAAGCUCCUUGGACGCGCUGGAGCAAAACUCCAGGUACAUUCGCAAGCCAACACACAUCAAGCUGCACGGCGAGAUUGUCUACGAUGAGGCCAAGCAGGUGCUGCUCUUUGUCGGCAACCCGCUCGUGCAAUCCCUGGAGGAGCUCAACAAGCAAGGCAUCGACCUUGCCGACAUGCCUAUCCACUGCCACGGACGCGAGGUGCUAUACAGCGCAAUGUGCCAGGCCGUGUCCGCCUCCAACUCAAACCAGGUUGAGGCCAAGCUUGCAGACCUGGAUCGCUCCAUGAUUGAAGUGCAAGAGAAGAAGGAGCAGAUUGACGCCUUGCUCAGCAGCAUCUUGCCGGAGAACGUCGCCAAUGCCCUUGCAAGUGGACAAGUCCCGCCCGCCGAAACAUACGAGAACGUGACGGUGCUGUUCAGUGACAUUGUUGGCUUCACAAGCAUCUCCUCUGAAGUUCCGUCUCUGGAGGUGAUGGACAUGCUGCAUGAGCUCUUCCUGAAGUUUGAUGACCUGGCAGACAAGCACGGCUGCUACAAGGUGGAGACAAUUGGCGACGCGUACAUGGUGACUGCCGGCUGCCCGGAGGAAUGUGAGGACCACGCUCUUCGCAUUGCCCAUCUCGCCAUCGACAUGGCCCGAGUUGCCCAAACCGUGACGUCGCCACUUGACGGAGAGCCGAUCCGCAUCCGCGUUGGGCUGCACUCUGGCCCGCUGAUGGCCGGCGUUGUUGGGCGUGCGCGUCCACGCUACUGCCUGUUUGGCGACACCGUCAACGUCGCCUCGCGCAUGGAGAGCAACGGCCUGCCGGGAUGCAUCCAGGUCACAUACCGCUUCUUGCGCUGUCUUCCGCACGACCACGACCUGCGCAUCGCCCCACGUGGGCGCCUGGAGAUCAAGGGCAAAGGCACCAUCAAGACGUUUCUGCUGCUGGGCCGUUCCGCUUCAGAGGCACCGCCGCUGCUGCCGGAGGACGAAGGCACCGACGAGCUGAGCGAGGAGCUACGGAUGAUCCGCGCUCAUCACCAAAUGCGGCAGGCCCUCCAAGCACGGGAGCACCUCAAGUCCCUGGCAAAGGACGAGCACGCCAGCCGCGGCCGUACCCCGCGCUACUCCCACUUCUCGCGCUCCGCCUUCAGCACCUCGAACGCCCUCAACGACUACGUGUGAGCAGUUGGACCGAGAUGCUCUGAGCGUUGUUGAGCUGCUCAGCACACGAUGCUUGGAACGGGUUUCGUCUUGGGCUGCCGUGCUGACACGCUCAAAAGAGAACAUCACACGAACCUUGGCCUCUUCUCUCCUUCUUUCUUGUCGCUUUUGAUUCCCCGCAUCCUUGCAGCACGCCUGAGCUUUCCAAUGCGUUCCUUCCUGCCUUCUUGCUUUCUCGGCUUCUUGUUCCUGCGCUGCUGUCAUUGACUCGUAUUCCCCGUCCUCCUCCUCCUCCUCUUCCUCCUCAGGUUUGCAUGCUUCUCUCAUCCCGGUCAAAGCUUCAGAGUCAAGUCUGGUGCUGCGUUCAAUAAAGAUCGACUCAAAAAAGUCACAAUCCA